AUGUAUAAAUUCCUAUGGGUAUUGUUGAUGUUAUCGAGCUUGGAAGCUAAAAAAGUAUCCUUUCACACAUUUUAUGAGACAGUGUUAACAAAAAAGGAAAUACUUCAGCAAGCUAAGGCCAAUACCACAUUUUGGUGCUCUUCCGAAAUCGAUCUUCCUUGUGAUCCUAAUGAAUUCAGGCGCUUAGAUGGUUCCUGUAACAACUUGGAUCAUCCAACGAUCGGAGCGUCGCACACUCCUUUUGUAAGGUUGCUCCCUCCAGAGUUUGGAAAUGGAUUUGAACCUAAACCGGCCCAAGAUGGAGGGCCCGAACCCCCAGCCCGACACAUUCGCACCACCUUAAUAGCCAACGGUAUUCGACCAGAUCCCAUAUUCACCAUACUCGCGACACAUUUCUUUGUAUUUAUGGCAGCGGAUACAGUCAGUAUACAAGACACAGUAAAUUACGUGGUGUGGAAGCCAUACUGCUGUCAACCAAAAGGCAAAACAGAUCCAAUAUGUACCCCUGUUCAAGUUCCAAAUGAUGAUCCUGUCCACAGAUUUUCUGAUAUACGCUGCCUUAAUCUAACCAGACCUAUAACCUAUCAAUUUGUUGGAUGUACGAAGAAUGGAACUGCGCCAGAGCGAAUUAGUUCAGCGAUGCCACUUUUCGACUUGUCGAUCAUGUACGGCAACAGUUUACAGAACGCUUUAAAGAAAGGCAGAUUGUAUUACCGAGGUCUACUCAAAUACGAAAUGGUCGACGGAAGAAUGCUUCCACCGAGCACUCGAACCGUACCGAAUAUUUGCUUGUUAAAUCAACCACCCCAUGAAACUAGAUGUCAUGCAUCACCGGAAGAUGGAAUGAACUCACUUUUAGGCAUAAAUCUUAUUGGCAUCUGGUUCUGGCGUAACCAUAACAGAAUAGCUUCACGUUUGGCGGAGUUAAAUCCUUGUUGGAAUGAUGACAAAAUAUUUUACACCGCUAGAGAUAUCAAUAUAGCUACAUAUGUGCAAAUACUUUACUACGAAUUUCUACCCCCGUUAUUUGGUUGGAGUAAUCUAAAGGAAGACUCUGUUGUGUCGGAGAGUCGAGGGUUCAGAGACAUGUACAACCCAGAAGUAAUGCCAACAAUAUCGUUGGAAUUCCCAUAUAUACUCCGAUGGGUUCAUUUGAUGCAAGAAGGAAGGGUUAAAAUGUACGACGAAGCAGGACAUUAUCUCAAGCAAAUGCCUAUAGUAAACCUGACGUUACGAACAGGGUGGCUAGUAUUAGACAACCACCUUGACGGAAUGACGCAAGGGUGUUUCCGGCAGCCGAGCGGCAAACUUGACUACACCAUUGACCCAGACAUGGGUGAAUUGGUUCUUGGAGGUCUACAGCGUGCAUCUGAUGUUGGUUCUAGUGACUUGGAAAAGGGCAGAUAUAAUAAUUUCCCGCCUUACAUUGAAUACAUAAAGUAUUGUACCGGACAAUAUAUUGAAAAUUUUGAUGACCUUGUGGACUUGAUCGAACCUGAUAAACUGGACCUUCUUCAAGAAUUAUACCAACAUGUGAGAGACAUUGAUUUAUUGGCAGGCACUUGGGUUGAGAACCCGAUUGAGGGCGGUUUUGUACCACCUACAUUCUACAGUAUAGUAGUCGAUCAGCUUAUAAGGAGUAUGGUAUCUGAUAGACAUUGGUAUGAGCGACCAAACCGACCAAACGCCUUCACGUUAGAACAACUUCUAGAAAUUCGAAAAGCAUCAAUAUCCAGGGUUCUUUGUGAUGUAGGAGACACAGUGACUCGAAUACAACGACGAGGAUUUGAACGCGCAGGGCCGAAAAAUAGGAUGGUUAGCUGUAAUGCCAUCGAGCAAAUAGACCUGACGGCAUGGGAGGACUAUUCCUGUUCCUGCUAG